AUGAGACUCCAUUCCCUUCUUUCUGUUUUUCUCCUCUUUGUGACUAUAAUAUCAGAAGGAAAGACUGGUGUCAUUCCAGGGCAAAAACAGUGUAUUGCUUUAAAAGGAAUAUGUAAAGAUGGCAGCUGUACCUCCACGGAUGAUACAAUUGGUGUGUGUAAUAAGCAAAAAAAAUGCUGUAGAAAGUGGUGGAUACUCUAUCCUUAUCCAACACCGAUUCCCAAAGGAAAAUCUCCUUAA